AUGGGGGGUUCGAGUAGCAGUGAUGGCUGCCUUUCCAGCGACAGCAUGGCAGCAGCGGCGAGAACAGAAAACAGAGAAGGGGGCAUUUUGAGCAGCGGUGGCGACGAUUUACUUGCUACAUUUCUUACCUCUUUAGAUAUGGAGCUUAAGCACCAACUUGGUCUUCUUUGCGUUAUACUGCUUUUACCAGCACUAAGCAGUGCCACUAAUAAAGACUACUGCCCUUGGAAUCCUUAUAAGAACUCUAGAGCAACCUAUUAUGGUACCCGUGAUGGUUAUGGGACUCCAAGAGGAGCAUGUGGAUUUGGCGAAUACGGAAGGACUGUGAAUGAUGGCAUGGUUGCAGCUGUAUCUGGGCUAUGGAAUGAUGGAGUUGGCUGCGGUGCAUGCUAUCAGGUUAAAUGUAAAGUACCAAAAUUAUGCAAUGUCAACGGGGUAACAGUGGUGGCAACAGAUUAUGGUCAGGGAGACAGAACAGACUUCAUAUUGAGCCCACGGGCCUUUAAUAGUUUGGGUGUGAGCCCUGAUGCAUCUAAAGAGCUAAAAAAAUACGGUACUCUUGAUAUUGCAUACAAAAGAGUCCCUUGCACAUACCCUGGCCGCAACAUUGUUGUUAAGGUUCAAGAAAGUAGCAGCAACCCUGGAUACUUUGCUGUGGUUCUUCAAAACCUUGGUGGAUCAUACGAUGUCACUAAUGUUGAAUUGUGGGAGGAUUCACGCAAACAAUGGAGUCCAUUGCGUAGGGUUUAUGGGGCAGUGUUUGACUAUGCUAACCCACCAAAGGGUCAACUCUUCUUGAGGUUCCAAGUGAUUGGUUGUUAUGGAACUUAUUGGCAAAUACCAAAGAAACCUAUCCCUGCUGAUUGGAAGCCCAAAAUGACUUAUGACACUGGACUUCAGCUUAAAUAAGCUAAUACGAAAAACAUCACUCUGGACCCGAAAUCAUAUAGUCUAUCAUAAAUAAAUAAAUAAAUAGGUACCCUUAUCAAUACCAAAAAAAAAAAAAAACAACUAGUUACUCUUAUUCCAUUGAAAGUCUGAUCUGAUUGUUGUAUUAUA